AUGGAUCCCGUUCGACGAUCCAAGCUGCGGGGGCUGUAUGCGAAGAUUCUCGCGGGCAAGGAGCAACUUGGUUCCAAAAAUGCAAAACAGUUCCUAGAGGCAGUCAUUUCUGAAGAAGAUCCCGGGAUGUGCAUCCAAAGAUUGAAUGCCAGCGCUACAGGCUUAGGAUCUCUCCGGACGGCUUUGGCUAGCGACACAUCACUGCCCUUUCUGAAUGGAAUCUUCACAUCUCUCAUUCGAUAUGUGCAAACCCCUGAAGUUGUGACGAUCUGUGGGGGAUAUCUGGUGCAGCAGCUCGCCUCAUCGAUUGUUGAAGUAGAAGUUACCUGGAAUGCUUAUGUCGAAGCAGCAGCCUGCGGCAGACUGAGCGAAGACGCCUUAGACGCUCUGUCCUCGUUCCUUGUCGAGAUCCUCUCAUCACAGGAUGCGAUCCCUCGCAUCAUCGAGGCUGGCCAGAACGAGAAGAUUCGAAAGCGGAUGCUUGCCCACUCGACGAUGGACGUCCGACUCCGUGCGCGAAAGAUAGCUCAUAUCAUUGAGAUUAUCGGAGGCUACAAAUCGGCCACCGUGAAUGGACCUGGUGGGCGUCACGACAAUGAUUUCGAAGACAUACAUGCCAUCCACAUCAUGCCCACAGCCGAAGAACUUGCCUCAAAAGAUCCAUAUCUACCCCGAGUUCAGGACAUGGACAACCCGCAGGGUGCCACGAGCCUCGCAGCACAAGUGGAUCGACAGUUCCGUUUGUUACGCGAAGACAUGAUUUCUGAUCUGAGAGAAGAGCUCGGUCACAUCAAAGCUCCUAAUAAAUCAACUGUUCGGAAGAGGCUACGAGUCUUUAGCCUGAGCCUUGCGGGCGCCCUGUGUGAUGACAAACGGCAGUGGAGUCUGCAAUUCGAAUGCCUCAUUGGCCUACCCCAAAUCGAUGUCUUACCUCCUGCAAAAAAGAAGAAGUUUAUUAAGGAGAACACAAACUACCUCAAAGAUGACUCGGUUGGUUGUCUCAUGGUAGCCGAUCAGUUUUUAUCUCUUGCCACCAUCUGCCGCGACGAAGCUCUUCUUAACCACCAACCGCCAAUUCUCUGCCUGAGAAUUCCGGAGUCGAGUGUCGAAAACGUGAUAUCAAAGGCGAGGUCAUCGCUUCCAGUGUCAUUUAUACAGUUGAACACACCAUUGUUCUCGUACGAGCCAAUCCUGAAGCAACUGAAAGCGAUCAGAAACAUACCUCUGGCAGAGGAGCUCUUCGCGGGUGACAAAAAUUGCAUGGUCAAUGAGAUCGAUUACAAAGUGAAUCCGAGUCUCCAGAGCAUCCUGGAACAAAUAGAGAAAGACGCCGUUGUCCGAAUCGACAAAGUUCUUAGCCUGUCUCGAGAAAUCAGACUGGACAAGUCGCAAGCCCAAUGCUUCCUUGCUGGAGCGCGCCAGAAGGUCUGCACCAUUCAAGGCCCUCCAGGGACUGGAAAGUCAUUCAUGGGUUCUCUGAUCGCGAAAUCAAUCCUGCACUUCUCUAAUGAGAAGAUUCUCGUUGUCUGUUACACGCAUCAUGCGUUGGACCAAUUUCUCGAAGAGCUUUUAGAUCUUGGUAUACCGGAUUCUGAUAUCGUGCGUCUCGGAAGCACCAAAAAGGCCACCAUCAGGGCAAAACCACUCUCAUUGCAAGAAAAUCCUUCAAGUCGCAAGCUGACCCCAAUCCAAUUCAACAUGCUGCAAAAGGCGAGAGCUGCGGUGACACAGAAAGGCCGAGCACUACGACAGGCGGUUGCGCGUUUGCAAGGAACGAAUUUUUCAAAGUCAGAAGUCUUGGAACAUCUCGAAUUCCGAUCAGAGGGUCCCUCGUUUUUUGAGGCCUUUGAAGUCCCUUUAAUGGAAGGGAAAAUGACCCAAGUCGGUAAGAGUGGGCGGACAGUGGACAAAUUCUACCUCCUGGACCAGUGGAGACGAGGAAAGGAUGCUGGAAUAUUUCAACGAAGCCAUGGUUCCAGAUUUCCCGAAGUUUGGAAUUUGAAGGCAGCGGAGCGAUUCCAGAUUUAUGAGCAAUGGAAGCGUGAAAUGAUGGAGACUGUGUCAGAACUUGUAUGUGGAGCGGGAGAGGCCUACAACAAAGCCCUUGCACAGGUGCGUGCAAUCUACAUGGAGAAAGACCUUGAAGUCAUGCGGCAGAAACGGAUCAUCGCUUGCACAACAACAGCAGCAGCGAAAUAUGUCAAGCAUGUCCAAUCGGUAUCGCCAGGAGUGGUUUUGGUGGAAGAGGCGGGAGAAAUACUCGAGAGCCACAUUCUCACGGCGAUUGGACCCGACACGAAGCAACUCAUCCUCGUCGGUGACCAUAAACAGCUUCGUCCGAAGAUCAGCAACUACAACUUGACGGUGGAGAAGGGCGAAGGCUACGACUUGAACAGAUCUCUCUUCGAGAGGCUUGUGCUUGAAGGCUUCCCACACCAGGUCCUGGUCGAACAACAUCGGAUGCGUCCAGAGUUAUCUGCUAUCCUCAGAGAGCUCACGUAUCCCGAGCUUUGCGACGCCCCCAAGACCAAAGGACGCCCUGAUCUACGCGGAUGCACAGACAAUCUGAUUUUCGUGGACCAUCGACAUCCAGAAGUGGAACUCGCAGAUGUACGGGAGUGGGGAGACGGCUACACUUCUUCUUCCAAGAAGAAUCUUUUCGAGGGCGAGAUGACAUGGAAGUGUGUACGCUAUCUGGGACAGCAAGGCUACAGAACCGACAACAUUGUCGUCUUAACUCCGUACCUCGGCCAAUUGAGACUGCUGAUGGAUCUUUUGAGUCAAUCGACAGACCCUGUCCUCAACGAUCUCGACUCCUACGAUUUGGUCCGCGCUGGAUUAAUGCCAGAAGCAUCGGCGGCUUAUGAAAAGCCCAAAAUCAGGUUGUCGACAAUCGUGACAGACAACUUCCAAGGCGACGAAAGUGACAUAGUGAUCGUCUGCUUGACUCGGAGCAAUACCAAAAAUGACAUCGGCUUCCUCUUUUCCCCAGAGCGGGUGAAUGUGCUUCUCUCUCGAGCUCGCAACGCCCUUAUCAUCAUUGGGAACUCUGAGACAUUCAUGGGAUCUGCAAAGGGCGGAGAACUAUGGCGCAAAGUUCUGGGGAUAUUCAAAAAGGGCAUGCAUAUUUACGAGGGUCUGCCUGUCCGGUGCCAGCAGCAUCCAGCUCACAAAGCCAUCCUCAAACUGCCAGAUGAAUUUGACGAGAAAUGCCCAGAUGGUGGCUGCAACAAACCAUGUGAAACGACUUUGAAUUGCGGAGUCCACAAGUGUCCGCAACGCUGCCAUCAGCUGUUUGAUCAUUCGAAAAUUCCAUGCCAACAAAUCUUGGAGAUUAGAUGCAAGAAUGAUCAUCUUGAACUGAGAAAAUGUCAUCAGCUGAGCAGAGGGAAGUGCAGCCAGUGUAAAGAUGCCGAAGAGCGGGAACAACGAAGACUGAAGCACGACCUCGACAUCCAGGAGAGGCGAACACGGCUUGAUGCGCUGCAUGCCGACAGGAUGGAGAAGAUCGACCAGCAGAUCCAGUCUGCUCGAGACGUGGAAGAGGAGAGACAACUACAAGAGGACCGAGAAAAGGCACUGCAACAGAGACAACGAGACCUGGAAGAUUUGCAACAGUCUCUAUCUCAAGAGCCUCCAUCUCAUGUCGCGGAGCCAACAACUUCAACCACAGGCGAGAAGCCGGGGGCUCCGCGAACUCCGCUUCCAAAAGAUCAAGUACGCCCAUCACAGCCUCCCAACAUUACUUGGCCUGAGCCACCGCCCACCCCCGAAGACUCCCCAGAAUUCGAGUGGCAACGCCAGAAGCGAGUCGAAAAUGCAACGAAUGACGCGAUUGAUGCCAUCAUGGCAAUGGCGGGGUUGAAAGAGGUCAAAAUAAAGAUUUUGGCGAUCAAGGCAAAGACAGAUAUCGUAAAACGGCAGAAAACCGACAUGAAGAAGGAGAGGCUUGGAAUGGUCAUGCUCGGGAAUCCUGGCACAGGUAAAACGACUGUGGCAAGACAUUAUGCGAAGUUUCUGACCAGCGUUGGUGCACUGCGCGGGUCGGGAUUUGUCGAAGCUACAGGCUCGAGCCUGGCGAACGAAGGUGUGGCUGGGACGAAAAAGCACAUUGAGAGCCUCAUGAAGUCGGGCGGAGGCGUGUUCUUCCUCGAUGAAGCAUAUCAGCUCACGUCGGGGAAUUCCUUUGGCGGUGGAGCUGUGCUCGACUUUCUCCUGGCGGAAAUCGAGGAGAGGAUCGGUUCAAUUGUGUUCGUCUUCGCAGGCUACACGAAAGAGAUGGAGAAGUUCUUUGAGCACAACCCUGGCCUCGAUAGCCGCUUGCCCCAUCGACUAGUCUUUGCGGAUUACUCGAAUGUCGAACUGUUGACCAUGUUGGAAAAAUACGUCGACCAAAAAUACGCCGCGCGUGCGAGUUUUGAAGAUGGGCCACGAGGCCUCUAUGCGAGAAUACUAGUCGACCGUCUGGGUGCAAAUCGAGGCAGGCCAGGCUUUGGAAACGCCAGAUCUCUCCACAAUACCUGGUCGAGGGUGUCAGAACGACAAGCUCAACGGCUGGUGAAGGAGCGCAAAGACGGACUAUCCCCUGACGACCUUUUCUUUUCGAAAGAAGACCUCAUUGGACCGCAGCCCAAAGGAGUCAUUCAAACCAGUGCGGCUUGGAGAGAGCUACAGAGCAUGGUUGGUUUGAAGCAGGUCAAGGAGAGUAUCAAUACUCUAGUUGGUGGCGUGGAAAAGAACUAUCAUCGAGAGCUUGCUGGAAAGCCUCCCAUUCAAGUGUCACUCAACCGGAUUUUCAUUGGGAAUCCAGGAACUGGAAAGACGUCGGUAGGAAGGCUCUAUGCUGCUAUUCUCGCAGAGCUGGGAUUGCUUUCGAAGAAUGAGGUUGUGCUCAAACUUCCGAGCGAUUUUGUUGGUGCACAUCUCGGAGAAUCCGAAAAGAACACCAAGGCAAUCCUGAGAACCAGCGAGGGCAAGGUCCUCCUCAUAGAUGAGGCCUACGGCCUCUUUGCGGGCGGUGGAGUUGGAAAAGGACAGGCCGAUAUCUACAAGGCCGCGGUCAUCGACACAAUUGUUGGCGAAGUUCAAAACACCCCUGGCGAAGACCGCUGUGUGCUACUUCUUGGGUACGAGGACAAGAUGAAGGAGAUGCUGGAUAACUCGAACCCAGGCCUCGCGAGACGGUUUCCCAUCAGCGAAGCAUUCCACUUUGACGACUUCGGAGACGAAGAACUUCGACAGAUCCUCGACUUCAAGCUAAAAAAGCAGGGCCUUGAUGCCACAGACGAGGCGAAAGACGUCUGUAUCGGGAUCCUAUCCAAAACCCGAGAUCGUCCCAAUUUCGGAAACGCAGGCGAAGUUGAGAACUUGAUCGGCCGAGCAAAGGCACAUCAUCAAGCGCGAUCCCAAUCCUCGUCGAUGGACAACGAAGAUCCCGACGUGCUAUUCCUGCCACAAGACUUUGAUCCCGACUUCAACCGAGCAUCGCGAUCAGGGAGCAUUUGUUCCCAGAUCUUCGGCAACCUUGUUGGUGCCCAGGAGUGGACCGGUAAGUUCGAGAGACUUCAGAGAAUGGCUCUCAAUAUGAAAGGUCGAGGCCAGGAUCCAAAGGAUCAUAUCGCCUUCAAUUGGAUUUUCAAGGGCCCUCCAGGAACCGGAAAGACCACUGUAGCACAAAAAGUGGCAGAAUUCUACUACGAAAUCGGCAUCUUGUCAACGAAAGAGUACGUCGAGUGCUCCGCGUCCGAUCUCAUCGCCCAAUACGUCGGCCAGAGCGGCCCCAAAACGAGAGAAGUGCUCACCAAAGCGCUCGGAAAGGUUCUUUUCAUUGACGAAGCAUAUCGUCUGUCUGACGGCCCUUUCGGCAAGGAAGCUGUCGACGAACUGGUCGACUGUGUAACAAAACCCCAGUUCAAAGGGAAAGUCGUCAUCAUCCUCGCCGGGUAUUCGAAUGAUAUCGACCGAUUGCUCAAUGUGAAUCGCGGGCUAGCGAGCCGGUUUCCUGAGGAGCUGAUCUUCGAGCCCCUGAAGCCAGAUUCGUGUCUAGAGCUACUGGAGAAAGAACUCGGCAUGCUCGGAGUCAUGAUGAGUCCGGCCUGUCGAGCCGCAUCCUCGCGCACACAUAGUCAACUGGUACAAGUGAUUGACGAGUUAACCAAGUUGCCAUCAUGGGGAAAUGCGCGGGACAUCAUCACGAUAUCUAAAAAGCUGAUUGCAUUAGCUUUCGAGGGAGCCGAGGAUUCAUUCGAGCCACUGGUGGCAACAGAAGUUGACAUCCUGAAAGAGCUUUCUGAGCUGCUUACAAUACGGAAAGACCGUGAGGCCAACAAGGCAAUGUAUGACCCAAGUCCGGUCUUUCAGAUGCAAGACGACCACUCUGCCUCUAAGCCCAGCUUAUCGCCGAAUAUCAAUGCGUCAGACAACACUGCGAUAUUAGAAAACGUCAUCAGUGCUGAUCAUUUGGCCCCGACAGAAGAGUCUGAGCCGCCCAACGCCAACCAUCGCGACCCAGGUGUAUCAGACGCAACGUGGACCCAGCUUCAAAGGGACAUAGCAGCGCAAUUAGCCGCCCAAAACGCCUAUCAAGCGACGGUCCUUGACCAUGAACGCACCAUCAUGGAACUCGAGACCUCUUCAAACGAGAGCGCGUCAAAGAUUGCGGAGCUUGAACACGAUACUAGUGCUUCCCAGAAAGAUCAAGAGACAGUCAACGAACUCAAGCGCAAGCGAGAAGAGGAACGUCUGCAACAGCUCGACAUCAAACGUCGAAAACGGGAGAAGGAAGAGACGUUGAGACGUAUCAAGGAGGCGGAAGAGGCCAGGAAGAAGUGUGAAGCAGAAGCACAAAAGAAAUUGAAAAUGAUGGGCGUCUGUGUCGCCGGGUUCAGAUGGGUAAAGCAAAACGGAGGGUACAGGUGUGCUGGGGGAUCUCAUUUCGUCACGGAUUCACAGCUUGGACUCGCAUUUUCCUGA